ACGUACUCUUAAGUCCACAUGAACAAAAAAAUCUCCUAUCAUAACAAAGCCAUACAACAUUAUGAGCUUCUUAAGAGGGUUCUCUAUGAUAUUCCUCCUAGGGGUUGUAGUGACCUCCCUCUUCUUUGAUAAUAAUGUUUAUGCUCAUGAAUAUCCACACCCAAUACAUCUCCUCAUGCCCCAUUCUGGCUCAGCCGGCCAUCGAAUCGAGGGCCUAAAUUGCUUGAGUUGGCGGCUAGCCGUGGAGACGAACAAUCUUCAGGAUUGGAUGGUCUCAAAAGAAUGUCAAGGUUAUGUAGGACACUACAUGAUGGGUUCUCAAUACCAUAAAGAUUGUUUGGCUGUUACUUCCGCGGCUUAUGGCUAUAUUAAAAGCCUCUCUCUUAAAAAUGGUCGUAACAACACUUGGAUAUUUGACAUUGAUGAGACUUCCCUCUCUAAUUUGCCCUACUAUGCUAGACCACAAGUUGGAUUUGGGGUAUACCCAUACAACGACACAGCAUUCUACGAGUGGCAAAAGGAAGCAAAAGCACCAGCAAUACCCGCAGUGCUAAGCUUUUACAAGAAAUUAGUUAGACUUGGUGUCAAAGUUAUUUUCCUUUCAGGAGCUCAAGCUGAGUUAAGAGAGCCCAAAGAGCGUAACAUGAAGAACAUUGGCUAUCAUACUUGGGAAAAGAUGAUCUUAAAGGAAUUAAGUGAAUCACACAUGAAAGCAGUGGAGUACAAAUCAAUGCAUAGGACAAAGCUAGAAGAGAUGGGAUACACUAUAAUUGGCAACAUGGGUGACCAAUGGAGCGAUCUAUUAGGAUCACACACUGGCUUGAGGACCUUUAAGUUGCCCGACCCGAUGUAUUACAUUGGCUAAUAUUACUUCUUACUUUAUUUAUGUUGAAAUAAAUAUGAUGGUUGAAAAACAUUGUGAUGUUAGAUGUUAACAUCUUUUUCCUUUUUUUUUUUUUUUCCUUUUUUUCCUUUUUUUUUUUUUUUUUUUGGGUGUGUAAGUGUGUUUAGAGAGUCGUAAUAAGGAUGGGCGAUGAGAAUCAAUCCCAGAUCUCCUAGAAUCGGGAGGGAAUUUGUAACCACAUGAGCUACCCCUCACCUGUCUAUCUUAGCUUAGCUAUUUCUCAUCACUGUCUGAUCCAUUCCAAUAAAUAUAUAUCUAAAUUUCACUUUGGUUAUUUUUUUUAGUA